UGGCGGGAAAUCUUAGUGCGCGCUGUGUGUUGGUGUGUGUUGUUGGUCUGUGUCAGUGAGAGGCUGCUGUUAAACUACUGACUGUGUUUACAGACGCGUUCAGCGCGGUUAUCCGCUGGAUUUUGCUCUGUGAUUGUGUUCAUCUUGGUCAGUUAACCCUGUGCUUUAGGAGAAGGACGGUGUUAAAGACUCGUAUCUCCGGGUACGUUAGGAACUUUGGGUCAUGGCUGAUGAUGAGUUGUCGGACGCUGGAGAUCUGAGCGGAGAAGAUGAGAGUCAGGAGGACGUUCUGACUCCAGCUGAACUCAUCUCCAGGCUGGAGGAGGCCUGGCUGAAUGAGAAAUUCUCCCCAGAGCUUCUGGAGAACAAGUCUGAAUUGGUGGAGUGUGUGAUGGAGCAGCUCACUCACAUGGAGGAGAAUCUGCAGCGUGUGAAGAAGGGAGACCUAAAGGCCAGCGUCCACCGCAUGGAGAUUGACCGCAUUCGCUUUGUCCUGAGCAGCUACCUCCGGUCUCGACUGCAAAAGAUUGAGAAGUUUUUCCCUCAUGUGUUGGAGAAGGAGAAGUCCCGGGCAGAGGGUGAUCCAUCGUUUCUCUCUCCUGAGGAGUUUGCCUUUGCUAAAGAGUAUCUGGCCAACACAGAAGUUUAUCUUAAGGCUGUGGCUCUGAAGCACAUGCCUCCAAACCUGCAGAGUAUUGACAUGCUGAAAGCAGUUCCUGAACCCUGUCUGGACUCCUUUGUUUUUCUGCGAGUGAGGGAGAGGCAGGAGAACAUUAUGGUGGAGCCGGAGACAGAUGAGCAGAGGGAGUAUGUAGUGGACUUGGAGGAGGGCUCCCAGCACUUGAUGCGUUAUCGCACUAUAGCACCUCUAGUGGCCAGCGGAGCUGUGCAGCUGAUCUAGCUGCCCUCGAGGACUGUGGAAUGAAAUGGACAAACUGAGCAGCAGCUGCUGCGGCUAAUGAUGAAUAUGUUGCUGCUCCACCUUGGAUGAUGAUGGUGAUGAUGAUGGUCCUCAAUCCUCUCUGUUCUAUCACAUACAGGCUGGAGGAUUUGGGUCAGGAACUGGCCUUCGCAGCUCCUCGUAAUUAUACUGGUUUAGUGUUGACAGCUUGCCUGUUGUUGACAGGUAGAGUUCUAGCCCCUGGUUGGUAUUUAUGCCGGGUUAUUUCUGUGUGCAAACUAGGCCAUACCCUAAAACACACGAUAAUGAGACUGCGCUGCCGUGGCUGUGCUCCACUUUGCAGGAUGAACUGCAAGCAUUACUGUUCUGUACGUUUUUAUACAUGUUAUACAAUUAUAACUAGUUUUAAAGCUCAUAGCUUACUGUUGUGUUCAGACUGCUGCAUAUCUGAGCUGUGUGUAUUUGUAUUUUCUAUGUUUCCUUUCAGUGUGAAGGCUGUUCUGUGCACUUAUUCACAAAAAGAAAGAUCAGAUUAAACACAUAAAUAAAAGCUGGGUUUGUAAGUGUA